UGUGACGCAAAACUGGUAAAACUUGACGUACUGUCAUCUUUGACGUAACUGACCCAAAUGGAUUCUGCUUUUGGUCUGGGAGGGUGUGUGCUAAUAUCCUCGAACACUGACCAAGAUGUUUCUCACAAGUCUGGCAUUGCUUCUGAUGACCGGCUACACUGGUGGCGCUCACGUGACGGUGUCUCCGGAUGAUGUUCAAAAUGGCAUCAGUGUCACGCUGACCUGUGGUGUGUUGGACAUCCCUGCGGCCGGAGACCGGUGGGAAUGGUUCCUAAAUGACUUAAGCAUGAAUCAGCCUCAGCAAAGCGUUCGCUAUUUCUUCCUUCGACUUCUCGACUCAUGGUGGGGACUAUAAAUGCAGCUUCUUCAACAGCACUACCAGUGUCACAGAAUUCAGUCCCCCGGUACCGGUAUGUCGUAACGCAAGCAAAAGUCAUUGCAUGGACAAAGCAGAAUGCGCUACAGCAUUGUGUCCACAUAAAUGUGCGUAUGGCUACACCAAACCUCCCAGCUGCGAAAACCCAUGUCCUGCCAACAAAUUCGGAAUGGACUGCACUCAGACGUGCCACUGUUUGGACCCUCUAGAAGUGUGCGACGCUGUGCAGGGUGUGUGUCCUAGUCACCAAUGUCACGAAGACUGGGAAGGCACUGGAUGCAGCCAGCGUCUGCCCAAGCUGCACGACGGACCUAGUGUUAUUUCUAGCACGUGUACAUCCAUCACCGUGUCAUGGGAUGCAUGGGAUUCUCGGCACGACUUCGGAGACUUCCCCAGCGUCUGGGCUUACAGUCUGCUGACCUUGUCGGACGAAAGCCCAAACCACUCUCAGUGGACGCUGGUGGACACCUUGAAGCAUGACGCGCUCAAGAAGAUGUACACGCAUACGGUGCCUGUGAAUACAAUCGCACGCGGGGUGAUGCACAGGUUUCGCGUGGACAUCUUUUACAAUGCUUCCGGCAAAAUGGCUGCCCGCUCUAGCCCCGGCUUUUCUUCUGUGCCAGUCUAUCCGUGCGAUCUUCCAGCAAGUUUGAGUGCGGACACACCGGGACAAGUACAGAGAGGGCAAACCGUGGCUGAGCUGCGUCAUCUGGUUCUGAAUAUGGAGGAGGUGAAAGUCAAAUGGACCUUGUCCGCCAAUCUGGGCGCCUCGCCACCCGCUGACCUCCGCCUCGUGUAUGUCUACCGCAAGCAGCGUCGGGGCAUAUGUCCGCCGCUGAGCCCACCUGACUCUUACAUCAGGUUCGACAUGGUUGCGGGUACUAGGGGCCUUCUCCUGCAUCACCUCUUGCCAGGCUACGACUACGAGUACAUCUUCACUGUCGAGUCUGCCACCGUCACUGCCAUUAAGGAGACACUGAACGGGGAAUUUUCCACCAAGCCUAAUGCACCCACUAGUACCAUAGACGGGUUGUCGCUUCUAAACGUGUCAGCAACAGAAGUCACUGUCGGGUGGGUUGCCCCUCCGUGCGAAGAGCUGGGAGGCCCCGUCAGCCGCUAUGAGGUGGAGUUAUCAAGCCUGCAGAUGCCGACCAACAUUUCCUUCUCCGACAGUCUACAGGCAACGCUGGUUGCCCUGAAGCCGUCCACCCGUUACGAGAUCCGCGUGCGAUAUGCCAAUGACAUUGCACCGGGACCUUUCAGCGCCCCUAUUAUAUUUGAAACACCCAGCGAUGUCCCUCCUGCUCCGUCUCCACCCUUACGGGUGCGUCAAAUAUUUCGAGAGCUGCACUGUGUUGGACUGAGUUGGGACCCUGGACCAGAAAACGAAGAAAAAGUGAUCAGCUUCGAGAUAUUUAACCUGGCCAUUGCCAACACCUCGAAGAACUUGAAGGGGCACUGGUCGGCCCCAGCUGCUGCACGACAGACGCGCGUGUGCGGCCUGCAGCCUGGGCGAGAGUACUCGCUGGGCGUGGCGGCUCGUGGCCAACUGGCUCUGAGCUUGACCACCAAAGUCGUGGUAUUCACAGACCACUACGCGCCUCCUCCGCCCAGUCCGCUAGUGGUGGUGUCGAGGACACUGAAAACGGUACUUGUAAAGCUUCGCCCCGUCGUAUCCUCCCUCGUUGCCAUCGCCUAUUACUUGAUCUACGUGGCCGAGGGGAUCCCGACCGAGCAGGAAAAAGCGGACGCUGGCAUAGCAACGGGACCCAAAGGCAUCGUCCCUUUUGAGCAGGCGGCGGAGAAGAAAGGCUCUGUAUAUAAUCGGACUACUGCAGACGGUUCCCAUUUCCAUCUAGACGGGAGUUCUGCGAAAGAAAGAACCGCUCGCUACACGGAUCACGCUCCCAGUCACGUGAACUACACCACCAUCGCAGGAACCACUACUUCACAAACCUUGUACAACACCUCACUACAAACCUUGUACAACACCACGCCACACAUGAACAACGUCACUUCACAGACCUUGUACAACAUCUCCUACAGACCUUGUACAACACCACUCCACACGACAUGUACAAUGCCACUUCACAGAAUUUGUACAACACUUCAAAUAUCUUGUACAACAACACUGUACAGACCUUGUACAGCCCAACUCCGCACGUCACAAAGGUCUUGAGGAGCGAACCAGUAAGUGGACAGGCGGCAGGAGA